GUCCAAGAUGGCGGACUAAGCGGCGUGGCUUUCCGGAGAAGUUUCACAUUUACGAUCUUACAGAUUCAAAAAUAGCAUCAAAUACCUCAGCUAUUCACCUUUUCUUAAGCCCACCAAACGGACUUUGAGUGUGGAGCGACGGCGUGUUAUCUGAAGUGAAGAUUGAAGACGUGAUAGAAGAUGGACGACUACUGCUAUGCUAAGAUGGCGACGUCCGCUAAAAGAGAACAUGAAAGAGAAUCAGCGCCACCAACGGAGAACAAUCUGAAAAGCGAAGAUGAAGACGUCCAGCAGCUGAUCGGUAAUCCAGAAGAAGUUUCCCCUCAGUUAGGGGGGAGCUCCACUUUGAAGCAGGAGACUCCACAACCACCCUGCAUUAAAAAGGAAGAGGAGGAACUCUGCAUCACUCAGGAGGGAGAGUGUCUUCUAGGACGAGAGGAAGCUGAUUACACCAAGUUUCCACUGAGUAUUCUCUCUGUGAAGACUGAAGAUGAUGAAGAGAAACCACAAGUAGACAACAUCUUAGCGCCACUAUCAGAUAGUGAGGCUGAAGACGAGGUUGAAGAACCUUUGAGCAGCGAUAAAGACUGUGAAGGUGAUAUGAGGACUCACACUGACAACAAACACUCUGAAUGCUCUACAAAGAAGAGAGGUAAAACAUGUUUGAGCUGCUCAGUUUGUGCUAAAAGAUUUACUAAAAUGGGCCAUUUGACCCGACACAUGAGAACACACACAGGUGAAAAACCAUUUAGUUGUUCAGUUUGUGGCAAAAGCUUUUCUGUUAAGAGCUAUUUGACUGGACACAUGAGAACACACACAGGUGAAAAACCAUAUAAGUGUUCAGUUUGUGGCGAAAGCUAUUCUCAAAAAAGCCAUUUGACUCAACACAUGAAAACAAACACAGGUGAAAAACCAUUUAGUUGUUCAGUUUGUGGCAAAAGCUUUUCUCAAAAAAGCCAUUUGACUCAACACAUGAGAACACACACAGGUGAAAAACCAUAUAAGUGUUCAGUUUUUGGCGAAAGCUAUUCUCAAAAAAUCCAUUUGACUCAACAUAUGAGAACACACACAGGUGAAAAACCAUAUAAGUGUUCAGUUUGUGGCGAAAGCUUUUCUCAAAAAAGCCAUUUGACUCAACACAUGAAAACACACACAGGUGAAAAACCAUUUAGUUGUUCAGUUUGUGGCAAAAGCUUUUCUGUUAAUAGCAAUUUGAAUCGACACAUGAGAACACACACAGUUGAAAAACCAUUUAGUUGUUCAGUUUGUGGCAAAAGCUUUUCUGAUAAGAGCUAUUUGACUGGACACAUGAGAACACACACAGGUGAAAAACCAUAUAAGUGUUCAGUUUGUGGCGAAAGCUAUUCUCAAAAAAGCCAUUUGACUCAACACAUGAAAACACACACAGGUGAAAAACCAUUUAGUUGUUCAGUUUGUGGCAAAAGCUUUUCUCAAAAAAGCCAUUUGACUCAACACAUGAGAACACACACAGGUGAAAAACCAUAUAAGUGUUCAGUUUGUGGCGGAAGCUAUUCUCAAAAAAUCCAUUUGACUCAACAUAUGAGAACACACACAGGUGAAAAACCAUAUAAGUGUUCAGUUUGUGGCGAAAGCUUUUCUCAAAAAAGCCAUUUGACUCAACACAUGAAAACACACACAGGUGAAAAACCAUUUAGUUGUUCAGUUUGUGGCAAAAGCUUUUCUGUUAAGAGCAAUUUGAAUCGACACAUGAAAACACACAUAGGUGAAAAACCAUUUAGUUGUUCAGUUUGUGGCAAAAGCUUUUCUGAUAAGAGCCAUUUGACUCGACACAAGAGAACACACACAGGUAAAAAAACAUUUAGUUGUUCAGUUUGUGGCAAAAGCUUUUUUGAUAAGAGCCAUUUGACUCGACACAAGAGAACACACACAGGUAAAAAACCAUUUAGUUGUUCAAUGUGCUGUAAAAGGUUCACACAUAAUGCAGAUGCAGUAAAACACAUAAGAACACACAAGGGAAAAUAACCAAUUAGCUGUUUAGUUUGUGCUAUGUUGCUCAUAUGUUGUGACAUCCACCCUACCCAGGACCUCCUCACUGGAUUAGUUGAAGUAUAAUCUUAUGUACUCAUGACCCCAUGUCUUCCCUGUAUCUGAAACCUUCCUGAACAGUAAGAUAGAUGAUGCUUCAAAUGCUUGGUUACUCCUUCUUCAGUCCAGGGACCUGGGGCCUCAUGUGUCAAGUUUGUGCAUGCUCAAAAACCUGCACUACACCCUUUUUCACUGCAAAGUUGAGAUGUAUCAAAACUGACGUUGUGAUGCUGGGUAACUGUUUGCAUAACCAAGUAGCAACUUUUUCCCCUCCGACUGAUUGAUGUGAAAAUCAGAGACAAAUGAACAAUUAACUGUCAGUAUUUUAACUUUUUAUUUGUGUUUUGUUUAAAUUGUUCACACAUUGCACAGCUUUUAUUUUUCUAUCAAUACACAUUAUGUCUAGAAGACAGGAAGUAACUCAACACUCUUGAAUAGUUUCUACCUCCGUUUGUAUGGUUUGUUGAGUUAGCACAGGAUUAAUAUGUGGAAAUGACAAAUGAGGUAGUUG